AUGGCUCCUCCACCAACUGCAACCCUCACUGAGACUGUGGCCUCUGUUGGCAAUGUCGUGAGAGACAACUUCGCCGGUGAGGGUAACACCUUGGCCCAGUCUAACUCUGGCUCCGGCUAUGCUCUCCUGGACGAUUUUGCCGGCAAGUGGGAGGACUUCAAGUUUGCUCCCAUCCGUGAGAGCCAGGUCUCCCGUGCCAUGACCAGCCGCUACUUCAAGGACAUGGACACCUACGCUGAGAGUGACAUCGUCAUCGUUGGUGCCGGCUCCUGCGGCCUGAGCACCGCCUAUGUCCUCGGCAAGGCCCGUCCUGACCUGAAGAUUGCUCUCAUCGAAGCCUCCGUCUCUCCUGGCGGUGGUGCCUGGCUCGGUGGCCAGCUCUUCUCGGCCAUGGUCCUGAGGAAGCCUGCCCACCGCUUCCUCGACGACCUGGGUGUCCCGUACGAGGAGGAUGCCAGCAACUCCAACCUCGUCGUCAUCAAGCACGCCGCCCUCUUCACCUCUACCCUUCUCUCCAAGGUCCUCUCUUUCCCCAACAUCAAGCUCUUCAACGCUACCUGCGUCGAGGACCUCAUCACCCGCCCCCGCGCCUCUGAGGCCUCUGGCUUCCAGAUUGCCGGUGUCGUCACCAACUGGACCCUGGUCACCCAGCACCACGACGAUCAUUCCUGCAUGGACCCCAACACCAUCAACGCUCCUCUGAUCAUCAGCACCACCGGCCACGAUGGCCCAUUCGGAGCUUUCUGCGCCAAGCGUCUUGUCUCCAUGUCUGCUCUCGAGAAGCUUGGUGGCAUGAAGGGUCUGGACAUGAAUUCUGCCGAGGAGGCCAUCGUCAAGAACACCCGUGAAGUCACCAAGGGCUUGAUCAUCGGUGGAAUGGAACUCUCGGAGAUCGAUGGAUGGCACCGUAUGGGCCCCAUUUUCUCCGCCAUGAUGCUCAGUGGUCUCAAGGCGGCCGAGGUUGCCCUCGAGGUCUUUGAGGAGAGAAAGAAGGAGUGCUCCGCAUAA